AUGGACGUUGAAAAUAAACCAUAUUUUUCUAGUGUAGAGGAGGAAACUGCUUUCUGGAAGGGACUUUCCUUCAAGUAUAAACAAAGCUUCCAGGAAACUCGGGAUGAGCUACUGGAAUUCCAGGAAACAAGCAGAGAAUUAGAAGCAGAGUUGGAGGCACAGUUACUGGCGGCUGAACAAAGUAAGAGAGACUUGCAAGCUGAUAACCAAAGGCUGAAAUAUGAAGUGGAGGCAUUAAAGGAGAAGCUAGAACAUCAGUACGCACAAAGCUACAAGCAGGUCACAGCAUUAGAGGAUGAUUUAAAUCAGACUCGGGCCAUUAAGGAGCAGUUCCAGAAGUACGUGAGAGAGCUGGAGCAAACCAAUGAUGACCUGGAGCGUGCACAAAGGGCAGCAGUAGUUUCCCUGGAAGAGUCUGAACAAAGGAUAAAUCAGACCCUUGAAAGAAAUGCAUAUUUAGAAAGGGAACUUGGUGAAAUGGAAUCUUCAUUGGUCUCUGUGCAGAACUUAAAGGAUGAAGUAAGAGAUCUAAAACAACAACUAGCAGCUCAGAAAAGACAAGAAGUAACCAGAAAGCAAACUCCAGACUGUGAAAAGACGGAUUCUGCUGUGCAAGUGUCAUUUUCUUUGCCAGCCACUCCUGUUGCCAAAGGAAUGGAAAACAGUUUUCCUUCACCAAAAGCUAUACCAAACCGUUUUGGUAUCAGCCCAAUACCUCCUCCUGCCAGGACAUCAGCACUAAACAUGGUGAGGGAUCUCUUAUGGAAAGUAGGGGCAUUCAUAUCAAAAUCAACAGCUUGCAGGAAUUUCGCGGAGUUCGAAGCAUCACGAAAAUCCUGUAUUCCAGGGAAUGAUAAUGGGUUGAUAAUCGGCUACGGCGCAAAGCUCUGUCAAUCAGGGCAUUCGCCUUUGUUUAAUAAAGGGGCAGUGAAUCCUCCUCCUGGACUGGGCCCCUUGCACCCGUUGUUGGCCCCAGAUGUGCUGCCUCUCAGUGUGUGAACACACCCGCCUCCAGGUGGGUGCUCCUGCCCUCUCAACAAUCCAUAGAGAAGGGGUCAGUUCUGUAAAGCUGCUUAUCACACCAUAUAGCAUUUCAUCUUUCUGUGCCUUGUUACUUUUUUCUUUUCCUCCGUCAUCAAUUGUCUGGGCUUACACCACCCAAAUAAAGGUGAUUUAUCUAAACUCUUGAUCUAAGACUCAGGGUCUACUUUCUAAAGAAC